CUUAUACCCACCCCAUCUUACUAUGUCCGUUGUUGGCUCCUUGAUUUUCUGCACCGAUUGCGGUAACUUGCUCGACUCUGUUACCGACAAGAAGACCUUGGACUGUGCUUUAUGUGGCAAGGCGUACCAUUCCAAGAACUUUGAAAACUUGAGCGUCGUGACGAAGUCUGCGGACGAUGCCUUUCCCUCGGCUUUGAAAUCCAAGAAAUCGGUGGUAAAGACCUCCUUGGAAUCCGGUGAGUUGGAAGAGGGUGCCACCAUCAAGGAGAAGUGUCCACAGUGCGGGAACGAGGAAAUGCAGUACCACACCUUGCAACUCAGGUCCGCCGAUGAAGGUGCUACGGUGUUCUACACGUGUACAUCCUGUGGCUACAGAUUUAGAACCAACAACUAGAGACCUCCCCUCUUUUCCACUGCCUAAUGCGGAGUUUUCGCGGUUGCAAGCCUUCCCCAUUGUCCGUGGCUGACCCCUUGCUUAAACUCCAUAUCCACCCCCCUUUUGUAUUAUAGUAAUUGCAUCCCGUUGAUAGUAUCGCCGUAUUAGCAGUGUAGAAAUCGUCCUCAUCCCGGGAGAGUGAAAAUCGUCACGAGCCCUGCGGCUCAUUGGCCAUCCCGAUUAGGCAAUUGCAUUUGGAA